AUGGUGCGGCCGUGGCUGCCACCCGACUACUGGUGGAUCUACAACACAUUACGUUACGACAUAGGCAGCGUAAGGGGAUGUAGUUUGUUGUUAACGUAAUGUGGGACGUAAGACAAUGUGAAUCAAUGGCCUAUGUACGACAUAGGCUUUCGAGACGCUGCAAAAACUCUUCAUCGACGUAAGCGUAAGUGGAUGUAUUGUGAGCGUAAGUCCCCAUCCCUGCUCGGUUGGUGUGUGCAGGAGGCAGAGAGCGACUUGAAGAAGCAUGAAGGUGACUUUUCCCUGUUUCCCUGUCUGUCUGUCUCACGCACAUGUGUGUAUUGGGCUGCAGCAAAGUUGUGGAUACUCGGAGCGACGGACUGGGUAAACACAGCUUUGCUUGGACGUGCUUGUCGCAAAUGAGUGUGGUCCCUUGACAGGCAAUUAUCUUCGUUGCUGCCCUGGUCGUCCAUUUCCUGUUGUUCAAAUUUUUUCGGAAGGACCUUCUAGAAGUCGUAGCUGUUUUGCGUAUCCUGCCGGAAGACGACAUAGAGGUACUGUGGUACUGUGUGGUCAGCAACGUCGACCCCAUUGCCUAUGACUAGCUAUAUUGACGCAUGUGUCUCUGUAUCUGUGCAGCAACAGAAGCUCUUCCAUCUCUUCAACAUCGAUCUGGAGGUAGACGUCGGGCAUCGUAUGUAGGUUCGCAUACCUCUGUGUGUGCUUGCAGAAUGAGGAGGGAUCCCAAGGGAGUGAGGCCACCGUCUAGUGUCGUCUUGCGUGUUGGUCCAUACAAACUUGUCGAUUGGCCAAAUGCAAGCCUUAUUUUUUGGGGUUCAGCCCGAGGACAUACCAAUCAUCCUCGUAUUUGCCGUGCAGUACAGACGCUAGUUUUUUGUGCUGUAUCGGUGCUGAUAUGCCAUCGUACCUGCGUGUGGACUGUGCACUCAAUCGCUGUCUGUCUGUUGAAUCGACGCGAUGUCUUUUGCAUCGGCCCUCAUCGCUUGAUUCGUAGUUAGUAGGCGGACUUCCUUCUGGCUGGCUCAGCCUGGCUGUAUCUGAUUUAAGCGGCGGACGGACUUGACUGAUUCAAGCGAUCACAAAU